CUGGCCGUUGGAUGCGUAUUGUUACACAGUGGUUUCUAUAUGUCUGUUACAGGCACAGGGGUCACGGUGAACGCUGUACACCCAGGAGUGGUUGCCACGGAGCUGGGGAGGCACACCGGCCUGCACCAAUCACAGUUCUCCAGCUCUGUGCUCAGUCCUUUUUUCACCAUGUUGGUAAAAAGCCCCGAGCUGGGAGCCCAGCCCAGCGUCUACCUGGCUGUGUCCGAGGAGAUGGAGGGAGUGACGGGCCGCUACUACGAUGUUAUGACUGAAAAGGAACCGGCUCCCCGGGCCCUGGACGAUGAGACAGCUUGCAGGCUGUGGGAGGUCAGCUGCAAGCUGGUGGGUCUGGAGAAAGAGCAACCCAGCGAAGCAAAGCCAUCAGCAGAAGAGCAAAACAAAGCCGGCCUCACAAACCCAACACAGACUCCUGUACAGAGCCCAGAACCAGAUCCUGCUACUGUGGGCCAGUGAGUCUUCUCUGGCCUCCGGGACAGCUCGGGAUAAUGAAGGUUGAUGACCUUCUGAAACUGCGAAUGACUCAUAGGAACUCCUACCUGUCUGAGACAUCAUUCAGUCAGUGUCUUUAUGUUCCUGCAUCAGGAUGUUCUCUUUUUCUUAAUCAAAUGCUCAACUUUGAAUUAGUAAAUUAUGUAGAGAGCUGAUCUCUUAAAAUAAAAAACAACCCACAAUACUCCCUCGAUUGCUCCCUUGGACUCAAGGAUUCAAGCCAGUCUUGCUAAUUAAUCGUGUUUUGUUUCUGACUCGUCUCUGCUUGCUCUGCUGUUUGACAGUUGAUAGCUGAAAGAUCACAUGGAAAAAAUGAGUGAACUGCUGAAAUCAAUUGAGAAUUUGAAUUUGGAUGCAUUAUGAGUUAAGUCCUUGUGGAACCAUCUCAUAAUCUACAAAACAGAAACAAAAGGAUCAUUACAAACUGAUGAGAAUGAAAAGUUCUUCCUAAAACAUGUUUCUGAAAAUUUUUUCUCUUAAAAAUAACUAAUUUGUUGGAUAUUUACCACAAAUCAACUCAUUUGUUAUUUGAAGUGUAGCUGUAUAAUGCAUUGAAAACUAUUUCACAUCCACUUUAUUCGUUUUUUUUGUACCCUUCCAACCUGGAACCUGGAGCAAACAAGGAAUAAGAACAACAACAAAAGGCUGAAAAUGUAAGUGUGUCUAAGUAUACACUGUCACGCCCUCAUUUGUAUUCUUUACAGUUGUUUGUCUCUUUGUGUAUCAAGUUUCACACAUGAAAACAACGGGAAUCCUGCCAGUUAUUGAUUUGAUUUUCUAAUUCUAAAUCCUGUCAUAUAUCUUCUAACACAUUGAGAUUCAGAGGAAUCCACUGUCAUGCAGUUUUAACACUGGUUUUUAUUUAAAUAUUUAUGGAGAAAGUCUUCUUUGGUUUAGAAAAUGAAAUGUUGGCAUGUGUCGCCACCUGCCUGCCAAACGAUAAAAUACAGAUUCUUGGGAGCACAUGACAAUUAAGGUUGACUGAGAUAUUACACAUUUCCUGACAAUUCUACCUUUUUUGGGGUUCAUUUUACAUGGCUCAUGAAUGAAUAUCAUUGUUCAGGACUCAAGGUUCUGUAUUGAAUGAAAAUAUUUCUUCAUGCUGGAGAAAAAUCAGGGGCUGUAUGAUCCCUUCACAUUGCCAAAGUGUACCACUGUAACCUUUUAAAGUAAAAAAUAUC